AUGUCUAGAUCGACGCUGCAGGCGUUUCUGACAACUGCCCGCAACGCCCUCCGGGCACCGCCGGCCCAACGUGCCAAACCAUUGACGUUUGUCGUCGGCAACGAAUCCGCAGACCUCGACUCGCUCUGCUGCGCCAUCGUAUACGCCUACAUCCGCAGCCACACCGCCCCCCAUGCGCUGCACAUCCCGCUCUCCAACCUGCCACGAGCAGAUCUCGGCCUGCGUCCAGAAAUGGCCGCCGUGCUGCAACACGCUGGCCUGGCGCCCGCCGACCUCCUCACCCUCUCCGAGCUGCCCGACCACCUCCAGCCCGACGAGACGCGCUGGCUGCUCGUCGACCACAACUGCCUGACGGGCCCGCUGAAGCGCUUCCGAGACCGGGUCGUCGGCUGCGUGGACCACCACGUCGACGAGGGCGCGCUCCCCGGGGGCAUCUCGCCGCGCGUCAUCGAGCCCUGCGGCAGCUGCAUGAGCCUUGUCGUCGACGAGUGCAAGCCCGCGUGGGCGCAGCUCCUCCAGGGGGCCGACGACGACAUCCCGGCCGGCGAGCAGGACCGCCUCGUCAAGCUGGCGCUGGCGCCGAUCCUCCUCGACACCAUCAAUCUGACGGCCGAGGCCAAGGUGCGGCCCAAGGACCCGCAGGCGGUGCGCUUUCUCGAGGCGCAGAUCCGCGAGCCGGGCUUCACCACGACGAGCUACUACGAGCAAAUCAGCGCCGUCAAGGAGGACAUCUCGGGCCUGUCGUUCCGCGACAUCCUCCGCAAGGACUACAAGCAGUGGGAGGAGGGCGGCCUCGAGCUCGGCAUCAGCUGCGUCGUCCAGGGAUUCGAGUACCUGCUUGAAAAGGCGGACACCAAGCAGGCCUUUCUGGAGGAGCUCGCUGCCUGGGCCGCCGAGCGCAGGUUGGACGUUGCCGCCGUCAUGACUACCUCGCACCCCGGCGGCAGUUUCCACAGGCAGCUGUUGGUCUGGGGCACGACAGACAGGGGCAAGGACGCGGUUGGGAGGUUCAGGGACAUUGGUCGGCCGCUGGGUCUGGAGCAGUGGGAGGACGGGGGCCUGGAUGGCGAUGAUGGCGAUGGGGGCAAUACGAGGUUCGCGUGGAGACAGGCCAACUUGGCGGCGAGCAGGAAGCAGGUUGCGCCGCUGUUGAGGGAAGCCCUGAAGGAAGGGAAGUAG